CUCGUCCCUCAGGGCAGUCUCUUUGCACAUUUCCAUUUUUGCCAACCAAAGAUGGAGCCUAGAGAAAAUGCUUUCAGCACAUAUAACAAACUAGUUUCUCAUGAUGAAAUCAUCGAAGACGAACCUCCUCUGUACCCCAGCCAAGAGAAGCCACAAGUGUCCUUGACCACGGUGAGAUCCAACUCGACCGUGAGUCAUUACAAGCUGCUUCUGGUGGGCCUGGCAGUGCUCGCUGUUAUACUGCUAGUCGUCGAUAUUGGACUGGGAGUAUAUUACUACAAACUGUCUGAAGGUAAAAUUGGGAGGGACAUCGGCAAUGAGUUCACCAAGGUCCAAGGUUCCUACAACGCUGCGCUUCAAAGCAGAGAAGCUGCUAAGGAACAGCUGGAAAAAGAAAUCAAACAUCAGAGAAUCACUAAAUGGGAGCUCGACCACCAGCUCCGAAGAACCAAAGACUACGAAAAGCAGACCGAGAAGCUCCAGCUGGAAAUCGCAACACUAAAAUCCCAUCUACCGAUGCUAAAGGAAGGCUGCAGACACUGUUUACCAGGAUGGACCUUCAUGAAUUCUCUCUGCUAUUUCUUCCCGUUCUCUGAUUCAUAUUCAUCCACAACCUGGCUGGAUGCCAGAGCGUUCUGCAAGAGGCACGGAGGAGACUUAGCAGUCAUUGAUAGCAUAGAGAAACACCUGGCCAUAAUGAAUUUGAUAAACAACUAUCAAGACCCCUCGAGACCGAUACACCAAAGUGGGUUCUGGAUUGCCCUGAGAGAUGUGGAUGAGGAAGGGACAUGGAGAUGGGUGGAUGGGACAAGACUAAGCGAGGGAUAUUGGAAUGAUGGGGAACCAAACAACACAAACAAUGAAGACUGCGGGGCCAUUUAUCCCAGAAACAACCCCUUUAAGGCGUGGAACGAUGCAUCCUGCACUUAUCACCUCAAGUGGAUUUGUGAAAUGGCACCAAAUUUCCAGUCUCUAUAAACAUUUUCUUUAGAGGAGAAAAGUGUGUUGUUUGUUAAGACCAUCUCUGAGAAAUGUUUGUCUAUACAAUAAACUCACAAAUAUAUAAAAAAUAAAAUUAGACAGAAAGCAAA